CACAUACUCCAUAGUGUUACGAUUCUCAUUGUUAGUGAACGUUUUAGGCAAAGUAUAAAAGCCGGACCGUUCGGUUACAGCUUCAGUAUCAAAUUCGUUCUCGUUUCAUCAAACAUGUUCGCUAAGGUAGUUGCCAUUUCGGCCCUUGUUGCCGUCUCCAACGCCCUUAUCUCCGACGUUUUGCACGGACACGCCACCUCGUACAGCACCGGACACGUCGCCGCCCCCGUUAUCGCUCACGCCGCCCCCGUCUAUGCGCACGCCGCCUCCGCCCACGGGCACGCCGUUGACUACUACGCUUAUCCUAAAUACGAGUUCAACUAUGGAGUCAAGGAUGCCCAUACUGGUGACCAGAAGAGCCAGCAUGAGGUUAGAGAUGGGGAUGUAGUUAAGGGUUCAUAUUCUUUGGUUGAGCCUGAUGGUACCAUCCGUACUGUUCAUUACACUGCUGACCACCACAAUGGGUUCAAUGCUGUUGUUGAGAGACAAGGACACGCUGCCCAUCCUGCUGUGUAUGGGAAAGCUGUUGUCGCUGCUCCUGCUGUAGUUGCUGCUCCUGCUUACUACCACCAUUGAUUCGUGUGAUUGACUUGUUUCUGAUGCAAUUGUUUUUUAUACAUUUUUGUAUAUUUAUUUUUAUAAAUAAAGUUUAUACCAUUUUAUAAUAA